UUGUUGUGCGAAGUUGAAACAGGAAAAGGAAUCUGAGCGCAAGGACUCUUUACUAAUUUUAUGUGGCCAAUGCGCGUGUGUUGAAUGUGCAGUGAAUUGGAAAUGGCAUUUGUUUAGUUGUGUAGAAGGAUGUGCUCUAGAGUGCAACGAAUGUUCUACGUUCGUGUGCAUUAGGACGAUCAUAUUGCGAUCAUGCGAUGUCAAGUGUACAAUAAUUGAUGCCCUACAUCGCACUGAGUGAAGCCCACGGUUACGGUCAUGGAAAUGGGAUGUUUUCCCAGCUUCUUGCUCAAACUAAUUCGAUAAAUGGAUUCUAUUCUCGCAUGGAUUGCCAGGGCUAUGUAAAUAUCUAUCUGCUGUUGCCAGCCCGAUGAAUGAGGCAAACAUCGUGCGGAUUGCACCUUCUACGGUGCGAGUUAAGCAAACCUCACGGCAUCAUCGCGUUGCCACCAAUUGUUUUCACAAAUAAUCCGCGAGACCAUCUUUAUGGCGUUUGCUGGCCCUUUUGGCACUGGCACUAGCUCGCCAUUUCAUGAAUGUGAGGGUUUUUAUGCGUGCUGAUAACCACAUCUGCACGCAACACGCACGACCGUUUUCAGUUAAUCGACCGCCAAACGAAUCAUUCCGAGAGGCGGCCUUUAUGGAUAGCGUGGGUAGCGUGGGAAGAGUAGUAGCGUCGUUCACACAGACACUUUGCAGCCAUUUGUUCAACAUGAUUUUGUUUGUAAAUUGAUCAAAGGCGAGAGAGCAUAAAGGCAAACAAAGUCAAUAUCAGUAGCAACCGAGGUGACCAAGUGCGAUAUCUCGAAUUGCAAGCACACACAAUCACACGCCGUAAGCGUGGUUCAAACUCUUCAUUCCGCGCGUUGGCGGAAGUUAAUGCGCAGCUCCCACCCACUUCGAUCGGUCGCCUUCAGUGAUCAGUUGAUUGGAAUUAACUCGCGAUAAUUCGCUUUCGAUAAAACUGUCCACGGAAGGCGCCUGGAGCAUUAACUUUUUGCCUCUUAAAAAGUCGCCGUCGGCGUUAGGCCCUUCUUCUAACAAAACAAUUCCGAUUGUGACCCCGACUCCCCGCGGGGGGGUGGGCUAACCAUGCUGUGCAACAAUAGAACAAGCGCCGUAGGGUACAGCAGAGGGGGGUAUUACAUCGGGGAGGUUUAGUUGAAGCUCGAGUAAAUGUGUAAUCAUUAUUGUGUUGGCGGCAAUGAUUUGGUUCCGGUUGCAGGUUGUACCAAUAGUUCCAAGUUUGCUUGUACCUCGAAGGAGCAACAACAAAACUGUCACUCGAUCGAAUGCUGGUGACACAAAGUGGCAAGUGCUGAAGGAAUGCGACGGAUAGCGAAGCCGGUGUGAGCACCUCCCGGGGAACGCCUAACAUCUGUAGCAGAAGUGCAACGUUAGACAGAGUGAUUCCAAGAGGUAGUGAUUGAAGUUGAAAGAAUUGAAUGCACCGCGAGAACGGAGCACGGAACCAGCUAAACGCUAAAACCGAAAGCGAGAAAGCAACAAUGGAAGACGAGCAGCAGCGACAGCUUUGGAUUAUAUUUCAAUUGUAAUCGGUGAGCGCAGUGAGGGGGAGCCUCGUCCAGGAUACGUUCAACGACACACCGUAAGACACUUCGCAAGCGCAGCACCGUGUCGCUUGAUCGAACGAGGUCGCGACAUCGACGACAGACGACCAGCGCGUCCAGCACAACUACGACGGUGCGGUGAACUAUGUUUCGAUGCACCGUUCCCAUCGACGAGCAGCAGCAAUACCUUACGCGAACAGCAAGAUAUUGGCGAAAAUACCCAAACUCCUGAGUGCAUAUCGCAUCGCCGUACACCCGUAACGUUACCCGUUUAGUGUCAAACCGUAGUGUGUAAUUCAGUAAAUUAGUCUUAAGGUCUAUAAGAGUGACAGCAGCUUGGGACACCGUGUCUCAAGCGCCGGGCGAAGUAGAGAAAGAUGGUAUUCAACAUACUGAUAGCAUCGUCUGUGAUCAAAACGGCAACCGUCGUUGGCUCUAGUCUCUGGCUCAUACCGUUCCUGCUGGGAGCCAUCUCGUACUACCGGUACGAUCGUGUCGAUCCGGAAUCGCGUGUCAUCAACCAGGAUGCGCUCUACUCGGAGUACGAUUUCGUCAUCGUUGGCGGUGGAUCGGCCGGUGCGGUCGUCGCGAACCGGUUAACCGAAGUGCACCGGUGGAAGGUGCUGCUGCUGGAGGCCGGUCCGGACGAGAACGAGAUCUCGGACGUGCCGUCGCUGGCGGGCUACCUUCAGCUCAGCAAGCUCGACUGGGCCUACAAGACGGAACCGACGGGGAAGGCCUGCCUCGGUAUGGUAAACAAUCGGUGUAACUGGCCGCGCGGCAAAGUACUGGGAGGUUCGAGCGUACUCAACUACAUGAUUUACGUGCGUGGCAACCGCAAUGACUUCAACCACUGGGAAUCACUGGGAAAUCCCGGCUGGGGCUAUGACGAUGUGCUGCAGUACUUCGUCAAGUCGGAAGACAACCGCAACCCGUACCUAGCACGCAAUCCAUACCACGGCCAGGGUGGUUUUCUGACGGUGCAGGAAGCACCCUGGCACACGCCGCUAGUGGCGGCCUUCGUCGAGGCCGGCACCGAGAUCGGAUACGAGAACCGGGACAUCAACGGUGAGCGGCAGACGGGCUUCAUGAUAGCCCAGGGCACCAUCCGGAGGGGGAGCCGGUGCAGUACGGCGAAAGCGUUCCUUAGACCGAUUCGGUUGCGCAAAAAUCUGCACAUCGCCAUGAACGCACACGUCACCAAGGUCGUCAUUGAUCAGGAUACGAAGCACGCCGUCGGCGUAGAGUUCUUCCGUGAUGGCAAACGACAUUAUGUGCGGGCAAAGAAGGAGAUCAUCAUGGCGGCUGGGUCGAUCAACACACCCCAGAUCCUGCUGCUGUCGGGUAUCGGUCCGAAGGCGCACCUGGACGAUGUGGGCAUCGAGACGAUUCAGGAUCUGCCGGUCGGCGAAAACCUACAGGAUCACGUCGGUAUGGGUGGGUUAACGUUUCUCGUGGACAAACCCGUGGCCAUACUGCAGAACCGGCUCGAGGCGGGCUCAGUUACAAUGAACUACGUCAUCAAUGAGCGAGGACCGAUGACCAUUCUGGGUGGGCUGGAAGGUAUCGCCUUCGUCAACACACCGUUCGCGAACAUCACCGACGACUGGCCGGACAUUCAGUUUCACAUGGCACCGGCCUCGCUCAACUCGGACGGAGGAGCUCGCGUCAAGAAGAUUCUCGGCUUAAAGGAGGAGCUGUACAAGGAGGUAUUCCAUCCGAUCGAGAAUACGUACAGCUGGACCAUCAUGCCGCUCCUGUUGCGGCCACGUUCGCGUGGUUGGGUGCGCCUGAAAUCGAAGAACCCCUUCCACUAUCCGAUCAUGAACCCGAACUACUUCGAGGAUCCAUUCGAUGCGGCGACGUUGGUCGAGGGGGCCAAGAUUGCACUCCGGGUCGGUGACGCCAAGGUGUUUAAACAGUUCGGCAAUCGGUUGCACCGGAAACCGCUGCCCAACUGUCGACACCACAAGUUCCUGUCCGAUGCGUACCUUGACUGUCAGGUGCGCACGAUUUCGAUGACCAUCUACCAUCCGGUCGGGACGGCAAAGAUGGGCCCGCACUGGGAUCCGGGUGCGGUGGUUGACCCGCGAUUGCGCGUGUAUGGUAUCUCCGGGUUGCGCGUGAUCGACGCCAGCGUCAUGCCGACCAUCGUCAGCGGAAACACGAAUGCGGCCGUGAUCAUGAUCGGCGAGAAGGGUGCUCACAUGAUCAAGGAAGACUGGCUCGGUCACGAUCGAUGAAAGGGAGAGAGAGAGAGAGAGAGAGAGAGUGAGAAAGAGAGAGUCUCAAAAUUCGAGACCAACGGCACCUGCCACAGCCAGCCCUGCCAACCAGAACCAGCUAGAUAAGCCGCCAGUCGUCGUGCCAUCCUCAGCGCCAGCUCGAGAUCAUCGAGAACGCUAUCCACACCUGUACAUAUAGCCAGCCAGCCAGCCAGCGUCAGCACGUCCACCGGCGUCCAACCAACUCAUCAGCAACAACUAACAUCCUCAAUCCCUGGUGUCGGUGGGGAUGUCACCUGUGUAUGCCUUUGUAUGUGUGCGUGUGUUUGUGUGCGUGUGUUUGUGUGUGAACGUGUUUUAGCUGAUAGC